CUUCUUUUUUGUGCAGCCUGACAAACCCCCCAAAGCCACCGACUUCCUCUUCCUUUGAAAACUGAAAAAGGGGCUUGAAAUUCUCCUUCUUUCUUGUUCAAUCACAAGAUUUGGGGCUUAGAAUCUUCUCCCUCAACCUAUAAAAUCCUGGUCCUGCUCUGCUCUUCUCCUUUGUCCGCCGGCUGCUAUGUGGGUGUGAGAGUUUGGGCCUUUUUCUGAGCCGUGAGUCCCCUACAGAAAAUUCCCGCCGGCCUCUUCCCCCCUGCAGCUUCGGUUCUUGCUGGAAAAUUCUGGUUUUGAUCGUUCUGUCACCGUAGCACUUGGGUUAGCCUUCUGUUCUGUGUGAGUGAGGUAAGUAAAUUAUGGUAAAGUUCUUCGAUUUUAAAGCAUGUUUUAAACUGUUUUUGAGAUGGUGGCAAGGUUUAAAGUGAUUUUAAAUUGAUUUUAUUAGCAUAUGAAUGUGAUUAAACUGAAAUGGAAAUUGUGAUGGUUUUCAUGAGAAUUUCACUGUUUUUUGGAAUUGAACAUGUUUGGAAUGAAAGUGAGAAUUUCAUUGUUUUUCUGGAUUUAUUGCACCGAGCAUGAUUGGUUUGAAAUGAAACUGUUUUCAUUGGUAUUGAGUACAGCAUGCCUAUUUGGAAUUGACUGAACUGUUUUGAUGAACUGAGAGUUUGUAAAUUUUGAGUUUUCUGAUAAAUCCAUGCCCACAUGGAAUUUUUCUGGUUAUUUCUGAAAUUGGGAUUGAUUGUGAAAUUCGGGUUUUCUGUAAGCUCUGCAUGGUUUUGUCUCGGAUAUAGUCAUGAUUACUGAUUACUGUGCUCGCUAGUGGGAGGUUUAUAAACGCUAGCACAUGUCGACAUGUUUACUGAUGGAACCGAUUCACCCUACCAAUGGGGUUAAACAUUGGUAAUUACUGUCGCCUGCCAGUGGGAGUUGUAAACACUGGCACCAUUACUGUCGCCUGCCAGUGGGAGUUGUAAACACUGGCACCAUUACUGACGCCUGCCAGUGGGAGUUGUUAAAUGCUGGCACUUCUGUAACCUUGCCUAUGGGGUUAAACAUUGGCAACUACUGUGCCCGCCAGUGGGAGGUUUAUAAACGCUGGCCAUGACUUAUAGGUGAGACUACUGAACUGAGUUUUAUUCUGUAUUAACGGUUUGUCACGAAGGCUUUGAUAUUGAAAUGAAUCUGAUUCUGUUUUAAUGGUUUGUCAUGAAACGUUUUGUUAUUAAAUUGAAUCUGAUUUUGCAUUGACGGUUUGUCAUUGAAUGUUUUGCAACUGAACCGAUUUGAUUCUGCAUUAAAGGUUUACCAUUGAACGUUCUGUUAUAUGAAACUGUUUAUCUGGCAUGCUAAAAGUUUUACCCAAGGGCUAUCCAUAUUUAUUUACUGAGUUAUCUCAUAGUUUCCCUUGUCCACCAUUUCAAGAAACGAAACUGAGGACGGGGAAACCAAGGGGAGUGACGAGUUAGAAGGCUAGCCAUUUCGAGAUUGAUAUAGAUUUAGAAAUAUAUCAUGCUCUUGCAAGCUAGAGUGUAUGUGGAGAUUUUAUGAUAUCAGAGCAGAUUGUAAAAUUUUAUCUUGAGAUUUUGUGGUAUCAGGUUGUGAUUUGAAUUAGUUCCGAGCCUUGUGCACUUGCGGGAUCCGUCUCAUGAGUGCACGGCGUCUGUUGCGUCCCCGGAUUUGGGUUCUGGGGCGUGACAAAUUUAGUGGUAUCAGAGCUUAGGUUUGAUUAAGAUUUUGUGAUGUGAGAGCCUAGGUUUAAGUGAAUACCUAGGAUAUGUUUUGAACU